GCCUGAGUGGCAGAAAGAGGCACUGCGCUGAUGCAAGCUCAGAGGUGCUAUGGCUGGGCCUGACUUAAUAAUUAAACCCUGGCUGCCUUGUGGGAGGGUUUGGAGAAAGAGACCUCUGGACUCUUUGGCUCUGCAGGAGGAGCACCCGGCCGGUGGCCUAGCACUUCGCGUGUGCAGUCAGUGAAGGAAGACAUGGCUGGAAGGUUGGCGACGGCUGACUGAGGGACAGACGCCACGAGACAGCCUGGGCCAGGCAUGACCUCCGCUCUCAAAGCUCUGCCCAACAUCCGCAGAGCCGGCUGGGGCCACGCAUCUCCACGCCACAUGUCCCUCUGGGAGCAUGGGCUGCACCUCUUCCGCAGCGCCGUGGGUGUCGUCCUGCCGGCCCCCAUGAUGAGGAGGGCGCUGGCUCUCGAAACCAACGGAGGCACCAGGCUGGUCGUGGGAGACCGGGCUUUCCCCGUGAGGAGGAACCUGCACCUGGUGGGCUUCGGGAAAGCUGUGCUAGGAAUGGCAGCUGCGGCAGAGGAGAUCCUCGGGCACCACCUUAUUCGGGGGGUUGUCAGCGUCCCCCAUGGCAUCCAGGCGUGUCUGCAGCAGGCAGGAAUGGAGGCGAUGCUGCUGAAGCCACACAGCCGGAUCCAGGUCAUAGAAGGGGCUAAGCACAACCUGCCGGACCGAGAGGCGCUGAGGGCAGCCAGCAUGAUCCGGGAGCUCGCGGAAGGCCUGACGGCUGACGACCUCCUCCUGGUGCUGAUCUCAGAGCACUGGCCGUGCUACUGCCUGCAGCCCCCUGUGCAUAGGCUGAAUGCGGAGCCCCCACCACACGGUGCACACACAGAAUGGGCCACAUUUGCAUCUUUUGCACCGGUGCAUCUGGGUGGGGAUCCGCUGGACUCCACAAGGAGGAGUGAGCACAGCACUCAGUCGAUCACUCUUGCACCUCAGCGGGUCUCAGGCGCCGCGGUUACCUGCCACCUGUUCUGCUUGCAGGUGCUAAGCCUCAUCCUCUCUGAUGUCGUUGGCGACCCAGUGGACAUCAUUGCGAGCGGCCCCACUGUCUACGGCUCCCCCCGCGCCCAGGACUGCCUUCAGAUACUGACCAAAUACAACCUGCUGAGCGCCGUGCCCGCAUCGGUGCAAAUGGUGCUGUCCCGCUCCGUCUCUGGCCCCCCUGCGCCUGCAGACCGUUCCCAUGUCUACAACGUUGUCAUUGGCUACAGACGCCAAGCAGAGGAUUUGGGCUACUGGACCCUGAUUCUGAGCGCAGCCGUGUGUGGGGAUGUCAGCAGAGUGGCAGAGCUCUACAGCCAGCUGAUCCAGUUUGUGUGCUUGGGCGCAGCCGGGCCGGGUGGAGGUGCGCUCCGAGGCCAAGUGAGAGGGGCUCUUCUGAAGCUGGCCACCGAGCUGGAGAUCCCCGGUUUGAAGGAGGCUUUGCAAGGAUUGGGGCCUGAGAGAUCGGUGUGCCUGCUGGCCGGGGGAGAGACCACUGUCCAGCUUCAAGGAAGUGGGAAGGGCGGGAGGAACCAGCAGUUGGCCUUACAAGUGGCGUUGGAGCUACACCGAGCGAAGGCCACUGAGGCUGGCAGCUUCCUUGGCAGAUGCGAAGUCCUGUUCCUCAGCGGUGGCACUGAUGGGCAAGAUGGGCCAACAGAGGCAGCCGGUGCCUUCUCUAGCCCGGAGCUGGUGGAGAAGGCUUCCCGGGAAGGCCUUGAUGUGGAGAAGUUCCUGAGCAACAAUGACUCCUACACGUUCUUCAGUAAGUUCCAAAGCGGACACCACCUUCUGCUGACUGGCCUCACGGGCACCAAUGUCAUGGACCUCCAGGUGGUUUUAAUUCGGGCUAGAGACUGCUAGAGAGAGAGCACUGGCACCAGCUCUUCAGAUGCACUGGAGCAAAAUGAGAACACCAGUGCUCUGAACAAAUCCAGGUUGCUUCCAUUAGGGACAGCUGGCGAGAGCACUGAUCACAUGGCUACCAAAGCUACAUUAGCAAGGCACAAGGGUGGGAACCAUGACCCUAUUUCCGUCUGUUGAUUAGGAUCAGAGGAAGGUAAGACGCCACCAGCAUUAUGGAUGCUGGGGGAGGGGGGGCGGGGGCGCUAACACCUUCCUGCCGAAGAGCCACUAACGUGCUGCCUUUUGGCAGUGGUUGCAAGGGCUUCAGGAAGGCAGGGCUGAGGACUGACUGGCAAGAGCAGCACGUAUCUGGCGGGGUGACAUUUCUGCUCCCCUGUUACCUGUAUUUGGUGUGGAGCCAGAGUGACUUGGGGACAGUGGAAGGAUGUCACAGAAACAGGAGGUGGACUAAGGCUGGGAUGUCCAAGGGCGUCUGAGGGAGGGAGUUCGAAUGAGAUUGGAGAUCGGAGCCCCAGCCUGAGUCUCUGGGUUGCCGUUGUGAUGAGGUAGGCUAGAUUGGUCCAUCGGGCCCUACACCCAGGGCCCUCCCAGGCCUGUGCAGAGGAGCACAGGGGUCAGUUUAACCUUUUCAUCGUGGGUGCGUGGAGAACACACACCCAGCUGUGGCAUUUACUCGGUGUGGGGGAAGCAUGGUGUGAAGCACGGUCCAGAGGCACUGGUGCAAAACCAAUCUGCACGUGAGACCGUCUCCCUCACGCUGUGACCUUCUCUGUCCCGUGUGGUGACACUGAGAGCAUCAGAACGGCUACAGGGGGUCAGACCAACGGUCCAUCCAGCACAGUGUCCUGUCUGCCCAUGGUGGCCAGUGCCAGGUGCCCUAGAAGGAGUAAACAAAACGUGAUUAUCGAGUGAUCCCUUCCCUGUUGCCCAUUCCCCCCACACGGUUGAUGUUCCAUGGGGUGGCGUGUGUCUGUGUGUGUCUGUGUGUGUCUGUGUGUGCGCGCGCACACUACAAGCAUUCUGAGUGUCAGGAAGCAAUACAGCUUCCAGCCUGAGCCAUUGACCUUUUCGCUGUGUAAAGUUAGUACUCGCUGUAGCUCUGAUGGUCUCCUCCAACUCUGUAGGAAAAAAAGGCCCCAAAAUCUGUAAAUUGGGCUCUCCUGACUCAUGUUGCUGCACUGAUCAAAGGGCAAAGCAGCUGGGGCCGCUGCUUUGUCAAACAGCGCAUGCCUCCAGCAGUGGGGAGAACCAGCUACUUCAGCUUUGUCGUAAGUUAAUGUCAGCUCCUGUCUUGCCACACUUGGCUCGCUUUCCAGCAAGACACUUGGGGCCAGGUUUUUUGUGGAGCACAGCAACCAGCUGCUUAGGAAAAUCUGUCCACUUAUUUCAGGGCCUAAAUGGGAGCUGAGCUGCUUGCUGUUCGAGCCCUGAUUUAAAAUCCCACGUUUGAGUCACGCUGUUUUCAGACUGCUAUAGCUGUGCCAGGUGGCUGAUCUAACUUUGCAGCAUAGAUAUGCCACCUUAUUAAUACCGUGAACAGUGACAUCAUUGGACAGUCGUACUUAGCACGCUUAAAAUGUCCAGUCUCUCUCUUUGAUCAGGAUAACAAAACUAUCCAAGAAUAGUUCAGCCCAAUAAAAUGUUUUGGAGGGGACGUACAAACCUCAUGCUGUUUGGUUUUAAGUCACUCUCUAGACACUAGAGAUUAGGGUUGAAUUUAUAUAUCUACUGUGUGGUUUCUUGCACCUUCCUUUGAGACAGCCGCUAUUGGAAACAAGAUCCUGGACUGGAUGGGGCUUGAGUCGGUUCCAGUCUGGCGCAGAGAAUCCUAGAACACUAGAACUGGAAGGGACCUCGAGAGGUCAUCGAGUCCAGUCCCC